AUGAGCCGAUGGUUCCAGCACUCUUGCUCCAAGAGCCCUUUUCAUUUCAUUCUUUGCGCCUUGCAGCUCGCAGCUUUGGUAUCUGCGAACGAGUGGACAUUGCUUUCCCCCAGUGGGACACCAGCCGCCCGCAGUGGACACACCAUGGUCUGGGAUCCCGGUGCAGACGACGGAGGCUUCUGGAUGUUUGGUGGGGAGUUGUUUCUCACCAUCAAGUCCAACCACCUGUACUUCUACAACCCAGCUACAAACCUCUGGACGCAGAAAGCCUCGGGCCCCGCAGCCAGAUACCGCCAUUCUGCAGUGUUGGACCCCACAGCAAGAACCAUGUACAUCUUUGCAGGUACGAACCUGGCUUCUGCUGGCAACACCUUCAACGAUCUCCACCGCUAUGACGUGCAACUCGACUCGUGGACGGAGCUUACCGGCACUGCUGGGCGGUCAAGCCACACGGCGGUGUGGGACGGCACUAGCGAUCGGAUGAUCGUGUUCGGGGGCUCGGACAAUAUGCUGAACAAGCUGGGUAGCCUCGCGGAGUACGACCGGGCCACAGAUAGCUGGUCCAGCCCUGUGGCUGUGGGCCCGGCAGCGCGCGACGGCCACGUGGCCGUUUGGGAUCCUGCUGCCGGCAGCAUGCUGAUGUGUUGCGGAGCUUCCUCUGGGACAACCCUCGGCGAUCUGUGGAGCUACAAUGGCGCCUGGAGCCAGCUUGCUCCAUCAGGCAGCAUCACGGCACGGAGCUACGCCUCCGCAGUCUGGGAUCCUCAGGCUGGGGCCUUGCUGGGCUUCGCUGGUUCGGGCGGCUCGAGGCUGAACUCCCUGUUCUUGUAUUCCGCAAGCGCCAACAGCUGGAGCGAGUUCACUGAGACAGGCCCCCCUGCGCAAGACAGAGGCGCGGCAGCCUGGGACCCCGUGAACGGGCGUCUCUACGUUCGAUGCAUCUCAUACAGCCAUGGCCAGCACCACAGUGACGGCCAGCGGAACGACGACAGCAAGUGCUUCCAGCACGUCCACGACGCAAUUCACCACCACACGAAGCACGGUUUCAUCAACCACAACCUCGACUGUUGCCACUUCCGUGACAACCUCUUCCACAACGUUAACAUUCUCCUUUACAACAUCGACGACAGCCACUGUAACAACAUCCACAUCAACCAGGUCAACUUCAACAUUUGUGACGUCUUCGUCCACAACAGCCAAGUCAUCUACGACAUCUGUGACGUCAACUUCAUCCACAACAUCCAAAUCAAUUGCAACAUCUGUGACAUCAACCAGGUCAAGUACAAAAUCUGUGACGUCAACCUCGUCCACAGCAACAACGUCAAGUUCCUAUGCCAGCACGACUUCCUCGUCGGAGACUACAUCCUCCACUCGCUCGAGGAGCACCACAUACACCGAGACCCCCAGAACCGAAGCACUCACAUCAAGGUCCUCGACAACGAUCACCACGGGCACGUCGACAACUUUUGCGUUGACGUCAGGCACUCCGAUAGAAACUUCGACUUCGAUGUCAUCUACCACUGCCACAGACACAUCAACUUCGUUGCCAGGCAGUUGGUAGCGCAGCUCGGCAACAGUUCCAACUCGAGCGGUAUUCUUGGCAGCCUCCUCACCCAGUCUGACUUGGCGACCACACAGACUCUGGCUUUGGAUAGCGUGACGAUCUUCGGCCAGAGCCGCAACAUCACGGUGCUGAGUGAGAAUGCCACGGUGGACGUGCCUUCAGAGGUCGUUGCCCAGGCUGCGGCCAGCGUUGGCGGAAGUGGCUUGGUGCUGUUAAGCAUCUCGGUCGGCUCCUCAGAGCUACGUGGCGGGUUCGAUGGCACCAACGAGGCAGCCCAGGGCGGAGGCGUAGCUGGGGAUGGGCCAAGUUUGGUCUCCGGGUCCCGGCCUGUCAGCAUUGCCUUCCGCAAGCCCGACGGACAGAGGAUCCCGAUGCCAUCGUUGGCGCAGCCCAUCGAAAUUCGGCUGCCCGGGGCCAGCGAAGAGGCUCAGUGUGCCUUCUGGGACGAGGAGACAUCCGCCUGGUCGUCGAAGGGCUUGCUCCGGCUCGCCCAUGAAGACGGUGAGCUAAUCUGCCAGACAUCCCACCUCACUGUGUUUGGGGCAGUGCUCGAUGUCCUGCUCCAGGUGAUCCGGUGCUCCACCGCCUCCCAAGUCCUGUCUGCGGAGGGCUUCGCCAACUUCGGCAAAGGCACGUGGACUGGCCGAUCGCCCACCGUCAUUGCCUUCAUCGCUGUCUUCGUGUUCGUCCUUCUGUUGUUGUAUGCCCUGCGCCUUGACGCAAAGCGAGCGCUCUCAAGGGAGGAAGUGGAGGCAGCUUUGCUUGUUGAGCUCGAGGAGGACACUCCUCACGAGUUCGACGACAGUGACGAUCAGGAACCAGAAGUGAAGCAAGCGCAUCGUCCUAACAUUUGCCAGCGGGCAGCGGCAUGGAUGCUCUCGCGGUUCAUGUGGUUCCUGAGCCAGAUCUUCGAAAUGCCAGAUGCAAACAUGUUAGAAGAGCUGAUGAAUGCCAAAGUGGUUACGAUCAAUCGUUGCAUCAGCUCCAUUUAUGCCUACAAGAGUCAUGCCGAUCGACAAAGUAUCAGAGCAUCUGAGACGGCAGUUGGUCACGCGCGCAUGCGACCUUCCAACGUAGCCGGCGUCUCGGUGACGGUUGUAGACUUUGUUCGGAUGGACAUGGCAACAACCAAAGAAAACAGUAAAACAUCUGCUGUGAAGGAAUUCCUACAAAGCUACUGGUGCAAGCGCGUGGUCCUGCUGAUGCGGGCUAUGCAUCCCUGGAUCACUAUGCAGUAUGUCAGCUUAUUUAGGUCCCAUGUGGUCCGUGCCUCACUGAUCACUCUGAAAUUGGUGUCCACGGGGGCAGCCAACGCGCUUUUUUUCGCGGCCUCCGCCGUGUCCGCUGACUCGGAGAAAGACUGCGGUCCUCCGGAAACCUUUGGGGAACGUCUGCUUCGCGCUGGCGUUGUUGGCAUACUCUCCGCUUGCAUGGGUGACCUGCUGAUCCUGCUGCUGGCUGCCGUCCAGUGGCGCCAGGUCAUAGUCCGGCACUGGACCGAGGAAACGAAGGAGCGACAGCUACGGAGCUGGCGUUGUCGACGCUGUUUCUUUUGGUUGCUCUGGACUUUGGACACGGGCAUGUCGAUUCUGUAUAUAUUUGGCUUCCUUGCAAACGUGAGUGAAAAGGAUGCUUCGAAGUGGCUGGAAAGCACAGGGAUAAGUCUGUUACAAGAUCUUCUGCUGAAGCCCCUCUACAUGGCUCUUCUCUACGGAACUGUCGCAACUAUGGUUCUGUGUUGCAGCCCGAGUGUAGAGAACGAGAUCGUGGGUCAGUGGAUACAGGGAGACGAGGACGACGCUAGCAGAGACGACGCCCAGACUCGGCCGGAGUCUCAUGCUCUCCGGCCGGUCUGUGAGUGUGAUACAGACGAGAUUCAUGAAAUCUACAUCGACACGGUGCCGCUAAAUGCAGUCUCGGCUGUGAAGUUGGUCUUCGGACGCGGUGGUCUGGUUCAAGGAAGGAAGUUCAGGGCGUCGGACUUUGCGCUCCCGGGCAUCACGAAAGAGGCUAGUGCCCCUGGCCCAUACUGA